AUGCUGCGCGCCGGGCUGCUGCGCCGCGCUCUGGGCCGCCCUCGCGGCUGGGCGGGCGGCGGGUCUGUCCUGCGGGCCGCCCUGGGGCUCCUGCCGGGCCAGGGCCGGCCCGCGGGGCUGGCAGUGCCGCCGUGCGCUCGGGGGCUGCGCUGGCCAGGUAAAUUUUAUCGACAUGCCACGACAGAGGCCUCCCAAGCCACCUUAGCUAGCGUGUCUCCAGUUUUUGCAGUGAUGAAGCUGGACAAAGAGGGAAAUACUACCUGUUUUGAAAAGAAGAAAACUGAAUUGUAUCAAGAACUGGGUCUUCAGGCUCGGGAUCUAAGAUUUCAACACCUAAUGAGCAUUGCAACUAGGAACAACAGGAUCAUCAUUAGAAUGGAGUUCUUGAAGGCUGUCGUGACACCAGAGUUUCUUCUGAUACUCGACUGUCGUAAUUUAAAUCUGGAGCACUGGCUUAUCAAUGAACUAGCACCUCAGCUGGCUGGGGAAGGCCAACUAGUUACAUACUCCCUGCCUUUUGAAUUCCGAGCCAUAGAAGCAAUCCUGCAGUACCGGAUCAGCAAACUGCAAGGGAGACUUAACACUUUGCAGCCUCAGAUCCUUGAGACACUGGAAGCUCUAGUGGACCCCAAGCUUUUGUCUGUGGAUAGGAGUAAACUACACAUUCUCCUGCAAAAUGGCAAGAGCUUGUCAGAACUGGAAACAGAUCUUAAAGUUUUCAAAGAAACAAUUCUGGAGAUCUUAGAUGAAGAAGAAUUAAUAGAAGAGCUCUGUCUAUCUAAAUGGACUGAUCCACAAGUAUUUGAGGAGAGUACAUCUGGGAUUGACCAUGCAGAGGAAAUGGAGCUGCUGCUGGAGAACUAUUACAGACAAGCAGAAGAUCUUGCAAAUGAAGCUCGUGAACUCAGAGUGCUCAUUGAUGACUCAGAAAGCAUAAUCUUUAUCAACCUGGACAGCCACCGUAACGUGAUGAUGAGACUGAACUUGCAGCUGACUAUGGGGACUUUCUCUCUCUCUCUCUUUGGGCUCAUAGGAGUUGCCUUUGGUAUGAACUUGGAGUCAUCUCUUGAAGAGGAUCCCAGAAUAUUUUGGCUGGUGACAGGGAUUAUGUUUCUGGGAAGUGGUCUGAUAUGGCGACGCUUGCUUUCCUUCCUUGGGCGGCACCUAGAACCUCCGCUACCUCCUCACGUUUCUGAAGUUUUGAAAAAAUCCCAACCAGCAGCUGGAAGAGUGGAGAUAAAGAACAGCUUUAAAGCAGAAACAUUUGGACUCAGCAGAAGCGCAUUAAUGAAUCGAUAGGAAGAGCAGGAACAGAGACUUUGUUACAGGGCAGCCUUUGGAUACUUCCUUUGCAUUUGCUCUUCCUUAUUGAAAACCACAAGAAUUUUUACAUUCACUUAUUCAAUAUAUUUUUUUUUUCUUGGUGCCAAAGAAAAAAAUAUGGUGAGAUUUUAAUUCUUACGGAGGAAAGGAGAGAAACACAAGGCAAACUGGUAACAUGCUUUCCACAGUAGUCUCACCUCCACCCCACAAUAUGUUCCAUUAGUUUUAUGAAUCACAUACACAUCCUUACUUUUUCAGGGUACUCUCCUUUGAAGUGUUUAUGUCAAAUACUUCACUUCUUUCUUAGAGAACAGUAUUGCUACCUUAAAGGAUGACAGCAGUCAGCAUUCAUCAGUAAUUCUGGUUCUGAGCUGCAGAUCUAGGAAUCCGACUUAAGUGUCAAAGGAAAAUAUAUCCCAAAUGUGGCCUUUUUAAUGGAGUUUUAAGGCCAUUUCUCUUUGCAGAGAACCAAGUUUUCUAAAGUAUAUUUUUGUGAAGCAUCACGUCUAAAUCAGCAGUAACCAGAAAUAAUAGUCUCCCUUAUUUUGAGUGAGCAAUAACAUUGGCUUUGAAAUGUAGCUACUUGGGUAUUUUUUUAACAAUUAAUUAAGGCUCAGAACGUGCAGUUUUAGUAACAGGAAAAGCAGGCUGAUUGUAACACACAUUUGUGCUUGGCAUCAUCCAUGGAACAACUUCUCAUGUUACAAGGACUGAUUGAGAUGCUGGUAAAAAUAAACAGACUAGUCAUGGGUUUCUCUUAAACUGGGCUCUCCUUUCUCUAUUUGUCUCUCUAAGAAGACAAGACAAAGCACCGACUAGCCUGCAUCACAGUAAGUACCUGGGUUAGGAAAGGUGUGGAAGCCUGGUGUCCUCUGGUGGACUGAAAGAAGGAUGAAAAUUCUUGUGCCCACUACUUUUCUUGACUGUUGACUGUGAGGGUGUAGUUUUGCACUACUGUCUCAGUCUGUAAA